AUGCCUCCUCCAACAACGGCAGCCAGCAAGGAACUUGAGCUGAUUGAGAAGCUCGAGAUGAAAAUAGCCCUCGCAAAAGAUGACAAACUCGAAUCUCUUCUCAAGCCAUACCUGCCUGCUCUGCUCUUGAAGCUUGGCUCGGAGCAUGCUGAAGUGCGCAACAAGGUUGUCUCUACAUGCCAGCAUAUCAAGAUCCGACUUGCUGGAAAUGGUAAUAUUGUUCUUCCUGUCGCGGCUCUGCUUAAGCAGUUCAAGGAGAACCCCAACUCUUCUAUGAUCCGGCACUUUGAUCUCAUGUUUAUUCAGCAGAGUGUGGGCAAGUUAUCGUCUACGGAGCAAAUGUCACUGCUGCCGACCCUUGUGCAUGGGCUUUCAAAAGAUGCCGGAAGGCCAACAUGUGCCACCCUCUUCAACUUGUUUCUUCGGCUCCUCCCGCAACUUCAGAUUCCGCUGCGUGGUAGCCAAGAAGAUACAGAGCUGCGCUCCAAGCUGGAGUUCGAUACACAUGUUGAAGAUGCUCAGUUCGUUGCCUCGUGGUUCGGAAAGCUUAUGCUUCUUACUGUUAUACGAUCGACUGCCACUGGAAUUACUUGUCCUGGACUCACGGUUCAGGAAUAUGAGUUUCUGACUUUGAAUGGCAAGCAAGAGGCAUGGGAUCCAUCUUCCGCCGAAGGACUCAAUUUGACCCAAACCAAGAUCACUGCUCUUGCUUUCUUAUCCAGUGGUGCAUUUACUGAUGACGAGCGUUUCCUGCCGGCAUUGUUUGCAUCUGGCGAUUCCAAUUCGCGCAUUUCAGGUGUUGGCGAUGACUUGCUGAAACGAUCAACAAUGUCUUUAGAGGACUCAGGGACCAUUGGGAAUCUACUGAAAAUCUACUUCACCUUGAAGCCGGCGCUUCAAACAAAGUUGCUUAUUCUUCUGACUAAAUCUGCUGUGUCAACGAAGUUUCCACGACAAAUUGUCAAGAUCGUACAAGAAGCUAUCACACCAGACGACAAUACAAAUCUUCCUGCAAAAGGGCUUGAGACGGUGAAGUUUCGGACUGCUCUUUUCCAAUAUAUGAACUGGGUCUCUCGGAUAGGCGCUGCCGAUGACCUCGCUCAGAUUUCACCACCUUUGGUUGAUUUGAUGCGGACCUAUAUCGAGGAUCAAGGCUGGCCAGUUCCACACGAGAGAUCGGCAGAUGCUACCUCCUUACGGGCUCUAGCUUAUGAAGCUCUGGGCUCGUUAGCCAAAUCCACACCAUCCACAGUGGUAGAAAAAGAUCUGUCUCUGGUGAAGUGGCUCUUUCGAUCCUUGACUGAGGAAGGAUCCUCGGACACAAUCUUCGUUAGCAUUGAGGGUGCACUGGCUAGCUUGCUCAAUGCAUUUAAUCCACCGUUGGAUGAGGAUUUGAGGAAUGAUUUGCGACUACUUCUCCUCAAAUACAUGACCUUAGAAGAAGGUGGCGCCGUCGUCAGGGGAGCUCGGUUUGCCACUGUGAGGUGGGCCAAUCGAUGCCUCGAGUACAACGACGUCGUCGGACGCUGGAUUGACAUACUUGCUCUUGGGGGUCGCACCGAUGAGCGCAGCGAUGUUAUCGAGGAAGGCAGUAAGGGACUGGAUCCAUACUGGUACCGACUUUUGAAUUCGACAGCUGCGAGCUCGGAUUGUCCUCUCCCCAAUUGGAGUGAUAUGAUAAAGAGUUUUUUCGCUUCUCGAAGUCUUAUCGAUAAUUCAAGUGUGGCAAACAGUAUGAAAACUGGCAUGGACAUUGAUUCCGUCUCGGUCUUUGGCAAUUUUUCGGGGUCGAGGAUUAAUGCUUUCCCAUCUGCCGUUGAGUACUGCCGCAGAAUGCUUCUCAUGACUGCCUUGGAGCAAUCAGAAAUACCACUUGUUAUUGAUGCCGACUGGGAGCGUCAACUGGAUGUCCUGUUUCGUUCUGAUAAAAAGUCGCGGGAAACUAUGAGGAGUCAUAUCAGAUCUGUCGACCAGGAGGCGCUGUAUAUCUUUCUUAGUGCCUCUUUCGAAGGCAUGCUCCGAAACGACGGUAACGGGCUCAAGGAUUGUGGCAAGUCUUUCGUCGAAAUUGCCUCUGUCGUACCGAGCAGAGUCAUUGGGAGACUUUCUCCAAGAGCACUCGACCUUCUACCAUCUAUCAAGUCGAACAAUGUCGCAACCCGCUUCUUGGCUGGCCAGGCUUUUGGUCUCCUCGCCUCGCACCCCGAGAAUUCCGAUAGGCUUGUUCACGAGUACAUACAAACACUUCUGACAGAGAUAAAGCUAUGGUCGUCUGCUGUUGGCGCAGAUGCUAACAAAGUUCAUGGGUCGAUCAUUGCUCUCGGCUAUAUCUUUAGUCGAUGUUCGUUCUAUGGGCGAGCCAACUCUGCCACAAAUGUUCAUGUUCGGGAAGCUGUCGCUUUACUCUUUGAAGUUUUAUCCAACGCUAAAGAUGCCUCGACCAAGGAGGCCGCCCUUGACGCGAUAAGCCAGAUCAGUGCCUCUGGUAUUUUGACUACUGAACAGCUUGGCAACUGUUCUAUCAACUCCGUUGGAAUUAUUGAGCUGUUGACGACAGAUUCCAAGAAAGGGAACGAGAAAGCAAUAUCAACUCUCGGUCGUUUGGCUACAGUAUUCGAAGGCGAGGUGGAGGAGCAGGGGGGCAAGGAAGACCCAUUGUCCUUAAUUCUCACAAGCCUCUACGACUUAUUCGAACUGAAGCAAGCCGAAAUACAUUUUACUGUUGGUGAAGCUAUCAGCUGCCUUGGUGCUUGCUGGGAAUCAGAUGUCCUGCUUUUGAGUCUGGAUGUUGACGCGACCUACAAAGGACGCUCGAAGAGACACCAAACCCUCGAAGCGAUACUUCAAAAGCUCCUCCAGGACUGCAAGACACGCAAACCUUCCCUUAAGAAGGCAUCCGGGAUAUGGUUGUUCAGUCUGAUUCAAAACUGCGGACACUUAAGUGAGAUUCAAGCUCGAUUGCGAGAAUGUCAAGCAGCAUUUAUGGGCCUUCUUUCUGCACGAGAUGAACUCGUCCAAGAGACUGCGUCUCGCGGCUUGAGCCUGGUCUAUGAGCAGGGAGAUACUGAACUAAGGGAGAAGCUCGUGAAAGAUUUGGUCGCAUCUUUUACCGGCACUUCGGCUCAGCUGAAGGUCGACGAUGACACCGAAUUGUUUGAACCUGGUGCUCUGCCCACUGGGGAAGGAAAUUCUGUAACAUCGUACAAAGACAUCAUCUCUCUGGCCAACGAGGUCGGGGAUCAAAGUCUGGUGUACAAGUUCAUGUCGCUUGCGUCCAAUGCCGCGACGUGGUCAACUCGUGCUGCUUUCGGCAGAUUUGGAUUGAGCAACAUCCUGUCAGAGUCAGAGAUCGACCCCAAGCUGUACCCCAAGCUGUACCGGUACCGAUUCGACCCGAAUCCAAAUGUUCAACGGUCGAUGAACGAUAUUUGGAGCGCCCUCGUGAAAGAUUCGAGUGCGACAAUCAACUUGUAUUUUGAGGAUAUCCUGGCGGAUCUACUUAAGAGUAUAUUGGGUAAAGAGUGGCGUACGAGACAGGCCAGCUGCGCGGCUAUUGCAGAUCUCGUUCAAGGUCGUGACUUCGAAAAAUACGAGAAACACUUGUCGAGUAUAUGGCAUGUCGCUUUCAAGGUCCUCGACGACAUAAAAGGAUCUGUUCGAGAAGCAGCCCUGAAACUGAGUACGGUACUGACGGGAAUUCUCGUACGUCAAGUUGAAGCAGGAACAGAUUCAAAACAUGCUCAGGCUAUGUUGAAGCAAGUUUUGCCGUUCCUUCUAUCGGGACAAGGAAUGGAGAGUUCUGCUAAGGAAGUUCGUCUGUACUCGACCCUCACAGUUCUCCGGCUCAUCAAGCAUGGUGGAAAAGCGCUUGUGCCCUUCAUACCAAGUCUGAUCGAACAACUACUGGGUCUGCUCAGUACAAUGGAGACGGAAGGUGUUGAUUACCUUUACCUUAGGGCCGCACAGUACAAUCUGACCGAGGCAAAAAUCGACAAUGUAAGAUCGGCCGCCGUCUCCCAGUCGCCAUUGAUGGAAGGCAUUGAAAAGUGUCUUGAUAACCUUAAUGAAACAACUAUGAAAGACCUGGCCUAUCGCCUCGAAAAUGCUAUCAAGACAUCCAUCGGAAUGCCUUCAAAGAUAGGCUGCGCCGGCUUGCUCGUCAGUCUUGCAAUGAGACACCCCUUCGUCUUUAGGCCCCAUGCCGAUACUUUCCUCAAGGUUGCAGAGAAAGCUGUUCUAGAUAGAAACAAUGCCGUCAGUGCUGCUUACGCCAGAGCAACGGGAUAUCUCUCCAGACUCGGAUCUGAUGAGAGUUUAGUGAGGCUGGCUGCUUAUACGAAAGAUCUCUACUUCAACGCAGAAGACGAGACUCGUCGGCAGGUCUCAGGAGAGAUUGUCUAUGCUGUCGCUAAGUUCGCCACAGAUCGUUUCAAUGCUGUGGCAGCGGACUUUUUGCCUUUCACCUUCUUCGCCAAACACGACCUCGAUGAACAUGUCAAGGAGCAGUUCGAGAAGACUUGGAGCGAGAACGUCGGAGGCUCUCGUGCCGUCGUUCUCUAUUCAAAGGAGAUCAACGAAAUCGCUGUAGACAGACUUGAAUCUCCAAAGUGGACAAUCAAACACUCCGCAGCCCUGACGAUUGCGGACGUUGUUGCUUCUUCUGGAUCUGAAAUCAGUGGUGCCAACGCUGCUACUCUAUGGCCGGUUCUGGAAAAGGCUCUCGCACUCAAGACAUUUGAUGGGAAGGAAAAGGUACUCGAAGCAUUCAUCAAGUUCACCAAAGCUGGAAAGUCACUGUGGAGUGUAGAGCCCAGCAUAGCCGCUCAGAUGAAGAAGAUCGCCCUCCGCGAAGCCAAGCGCAACAACGACAACUACCGACCCCAUGCUUUUACCAGUCUUGGAGAGUACAGUGAAUAUCGGACGGAUAUUGACAUGUUUGAUGACGUCUACAAAGUCAUCGCACCUAUUCUCGAGGAUUUCAACAACGAGGAUAAGAUGGAUACCUCGGAUGACAGUAAGGACAGCAAAUCUCACGAGUCAGCAGCAACAACAGCUGGUAUCUCCGCUCUUUUCCGAGCAGUCAAUAUCAACUCCCUGGACCCUUCCCCACUUACACAUUUACCCGAGCUUUUGGAAGUCUCUAAAAAGGUUACAAACUCAACCAAAGUCACCGUGGCUACCAACCUAACCUUGUACGAGCGAUCGAAGGUACUGUUUGACGGUCUCCGGAAGAGAACCCAUACCCAGGGAUCGAACCUUUACGACUUGGCUGUCAGUUUCUUCGCGAUAUUGAAAUUAGGAAGUGGCUCGGGUGUUGAGACCAUGAGGCUGAAGAGAGCUGAAGCAGCUGAGAUGAUUAUUGGGUGUUUGAUCGGCGGGGUCUUUGGGAUGUUCAAGGAUGGACAACAGGAUUGCAAGUUGAAGAUGAAGGAGGCAGUCGAGGAAGCAAUGAAGAACGAGCGGUCUCCAGGAGUAAAGGCAGUCUUAGAUAGAUGUCUGAGAGCUUUGGAAAUGUCUGACGUCUCGGAUUAG